UAAGAAUGAGUCCGCACGAGUGACGACGGCUGCAAAUUGGAAUUCAAUCCAUAUCCGGAAGUCAAAGCAAGGAAGGAAGUGAAGAAGAGAGAAAGGAGCGCCGGAGCUGAGUUCCCACUUGUUGAAGCCAUGGCCGGCGGGGAAGUUUCGUCGACGUCGGAACAGGUAAUGUCAAUCGAGGAAUGGAACGGCUCGGCCUCGACUAAGCUCUUCAAGACUGCGACUGUCACUGCUUCUUCUUCUUCUUUCUCAAUCGAGAGAUCCGCUAAUAGGUUCGGUCACGUCUGGCGGGGAAUCCUUCAAGCCUUUGUGCCUGAGGGUUUCCCGAGCAGUGUGACGCCGGAUUAUGUCCACUUCCAAGUCUGGGAUUCGUUGCAGGGACUUUCUACUUAUAUAAGAACCAUGCUUUCAACACAAGCAUUGUUAAGUGCAAUUGGGGUCGGUGAGAAAUCUGCCACUGUCAUUGGUGCCACAUUUCAGUGGUUUCUGAGGGACUUAACUGGAAUGCUUGGAGGCAUACUGUUUACAUUUUACCAGGGUUCAAGCCUUGAUAGCAAUGCCAAAAUGUGGCGUUUGGUUGCAGAUCUUAUGAACGAUCUUGGGAUGUUGAUGGACCUCGUAUCACCAUUGUUUCCUUCAGCCUUCAUAUUUGUAGUUUGCUUGGGGAGCAUCUCCAGAUCGUUUACUGGUGUUGCCAGUGGCGCAACUAGAGCUGCUUUGACACAGCAUUUUGCCCUUCAAAAUAAUGCUGCUGAUAUAUCGGCAAAGGAAGGAAGUCAGGAGACAGUGGCAACAAUGGUUGGAAUGGCAUUGGGGAUGCUCGUAGCACGAUUUACUACAGGAUACCCUUUUGCAAUUUGGUUCUGUUUCCUGUCACUCACUGUUUUCCAUAUGUAUGCAAACUACAGGGCUGUCCGUUGCCUUGCAUUAAACUCGUUGAAUAUGGAAAGGAGUUCAAUACUUUUGCAGCAUUUCAUGAAAACUGGCCACGUUCUCUCUCCUGAACAGGUUUCUAGGAUGGAACAUAUUUUACCCUUAUGGACCUCUCCUCGGAUCUCAAAGGAGGUUAAGCUGCUGCAUAACCAAGUCCUAUUAGGUGUCAGGGUUUCCUCACUGCAUCACAAGGAAGUGAUGGAUAUAUUACAAUCUUCAGGAUCCUAUUACAGGAAAGCAAAGUACUUGCUACUAGAAAUGGAUGGGAUUAUAAGCAUCAUCGUGCAUAAAGAUGCCACUGCAUCUGAUGUCCUCCAGUCAUUCAUUCAUGCGCUUGUUCUGGCAAAUUGUAUGGAAGGAACAGCCCCUCAUGUAGAGAGCCAAUCGUGGAUGGAUAAACAGUAUGAGACGUUCAUUUUAAAGCUAAGCUCAUCAGGAUGGAAAACCGGACGCCUUCUUUGCCCCUCGAUCAUUUGGACUGCAAACUGGAUACAUAGUCCUUUAAAUGAUAAGAUUGAUUAGGCAGCUACCCUUCAUGCAUCAUUGUUUGCAUUGAUCGUGAAGCGAUGCACCACUAACCUCUACCAGAAUUCGGGACCAUAUCCUUUGGAUUGUAGACAAUGUUACACCAGAGUAAUGUCAACCUCCCUUGUUCCUUCAAUUUGCAACUUUUUGUACUUACAGCAUCUCCAAAUAGAAAGUUAAUUUCACAGACUUUUCAAUUACCCCUUUCUCUAUUAUGCCGUUUUGACGAGUACUUUCUUGAGCAAGUCUUUGCCCUUUUUAGGUAGGGGUACAUCAGUAAAGUAAAGUACGCUUGCUGACCCCAAACGCUGAGCGUUGACUGGGGGAAAUAUAGAACCCCAUAUUACGUUUUGGGGGGUGCUACUGGUUGAUUUUCGCAAGGGAGUAAAAGGUAAAAAAGUGCCUCGCGUGGUGCUUAGGGAUGGCAAUUUUGCCCAUACCCAUGGGUUUCUUACUAUCCAACCCAAUUGGGUUGGGUAUGAAAUCCAAAUAGAUGGAUAUGAGUAGAGUUUGAUGAGUUUGUACUUUGUACCCAUACCCAUUUACUUUGAGUUGAGGUUUAUAUCAAAUGGAUUUGGGUUUGUACCCAUGCCCAAAUAUAAAUUACAUUUUGAUACCCAAACUUAAUAGAUAUGCAUAUUUAGUACCUAAAUUUAAUUUUUUUUGCAUAUAAGUCCUCAAAAUAUUGAUGGGAAAUUACGUUUUGGUACCUAAAUUUUUUUGGUCUUACAUUUUGGUACCUAAACUUUUCAAGUUUUACAAAUAGGUCCAAUUUUUGCAUGUGUAGUUUAAACACCCUCAAGUAAAUGGAUAUCCAUAUCCAACCCAUACCCAUUUAGAUUAUGGAAGCAAUAUUCAUAUCUUACCCAAACCCAUCUAUAAACCCCAAAAUCCAUAUACACUUCACCCAUACCCAAACCAUUAUCAAUGGAUCUACUUGGGUUUGGGUAUAAUUACCCAUGGGUGGGUAAUUUGCCAUCCCUAGUGGUGCUUCAGUUCGACAAAAUUCAUUCUGUACUAAAUAGGGGCGCAGCUAGGGAUGGCAAUAAAACCCAUGGCCGCGGGGAUCCGACCGCCUCCGACCCAGUCAACGCGGGGAGUCCCCGCUUUGACCGGGUAUGGGGCGGGUAUGGGUAAAAUCCGCAAAAAGUUUGAUGGGUAUUGGGCGGGUAUGGUUUUGACCUCCCCCGCCCCAUACACAUACCCACACCCGCCCCACCAAGAGAAUUUCUUCACAUAUAAAAAAUAUGUGGAUUAAAUUGUAAUCUAUCAAUGGUGAUGAGGAUAACUCAAGGAAAUAAAUAGUAGAAAUGUAA